AUGACAAUUCCAUUAGGAAUAGAAUUUAAUGACCUAGAAAUAACAUUACUUGCAGAACAAGUAAAACGAAUGACAGUUGCAGUGGAAUAUGAAGUACCGCAAAAUAAACAAGAAAAGAAAUUGAAUCAACUCUAUCUGGAAGCUGCGCAAAGAGAAAUAGAUCAAUUUAGAAAACAAAUUGAAAAAGUCACAAAUAGAAAAAUAUCAGAAGCCGAAACAGCAGAAGAUAAAAAAGCUUAUCUAUAUAAAACAAUAUUCACAUUAACAGAAACAAAGGAUGCUAUUCUUUGGAAGAAUAGGGAACUAAUAAAAGACUUAGAAGAAGAAUAUAAAUAUGCAACUAACCAAGCACUAACCUUGGAUAAAAAAGACUUUGAAGCAAUGGAGGAAUAUGAACAACGAAUUCUAAUAAAAAGAUUCGCUAGACAAAUAGAAUUAUGCGAAAGUGAACCAUUACAAGAAUAA